AUGGAGUCUCGGGUCUUACUGAGAACGUUCUGUUUGCUCUUCGGUCUCGGAGCAGUUUGGGGUCUUGGUGUGGACCCCUCCCUGCAGAUUGACGUCUUAACGGAGUUAGAACUUGGGGAGUCCACGAUCGGAGUGCGCCAGGUCCCCGGUCUGCACAAUGGGACGAAAGCCUUUCUCUUUCAAGAUACUCCCAGAAGUAUAAAAGCCUCCACUGCUACAGCGGAACAGUUUUUUCAGAAGCUGAGAAAUAAACAUGAGUUUACUAUUCUGGUGACCCUAAAACAGACCCAUUUAAAUUCUGGAGUGAUCCUCUCCAUUCACCAUUUGGAUCACAGGUACCUGGAACUGGAAAGCAGUGGCCAUCGGAAUGAAGUCAGACUUCACUACCGCUCCGGCAGCCACCACCCUCACACGGAAGUGUUUCCUUACAUUUUGGCUGAUGAUAAGUGGCACAAGCUCUCCUUGGCCAUCAGUGCCUCCCACUUGAUUUUACAUGUCGAUUGUAAUAAAAUAUAUGAAAGAGUUGUGGAAAAGCCUUCCACGGACUUGCCCUUGGGCACUUCAUUUUGGCUGGGACAGAGAAAUAAUGCGCAUGGAUAUUUUAAGGGCAUAAUGCAAGAUGUGCAAUUACUUGUCAUGCCCCAAGGAUUUAUUGCUCAGUGCCCAGAUCUCAAUCGCACCUGUCCAACGUGCAAUGACUUUCACGGACUCGUGCAGAAAAUCAUGGAACUGCAGGACAUUUUAGCCAAAACAUCAGCCAAGCUGUCUCGAGCCGAGCAGCGAAUGAAUAGAUUGGACCAGUGCUACUGUGAAAGGACUUGCACCAUGAAGGGAACCACCUACCGAGAAUUCGAGUCGUGGACAGACGGCUGUAAGAACUGCACAUGCCUGAAUGGAACCAUCCAGUGUGAAACUCUGAUUUGCCCAAAUCCUGACUGCCCCCUCAAGUCGGCUCUCGCAUACGUGGAUGGCAAGUGCUGUAAGGAAUGCAAAUCCAUAUGCCAAUUUCAAGGACGGACAUACUUUGAAGGAGAAAGAAAUACAGUCUAUUCCUCUUCUGGAGUAUGUGUUCUCUAUGAGUGUAAGGACCAGAGCAUGAAGCUGGUUGAGAGUUCAGGCUGUCCUGCUCUGGACUGUCCAGAGUCACAUCAGAUUACCUUGUCUCAUAGCUGUUGCAAAGUCUGUAAAGGUUAUGACUUUUGCUCUGAAAGGCAUAACUGCAUGGAGAAUUCUGUCUGCAGAAAUCUGAAUGACAGAGCUGUUUGUAGCUGUCGAGACGGUUUUAGGGCUCUUCGAGAAGACAAUGCCUACUGUGAAGACAUUGAUGAGUGUGCCGAAGGGCGCCAUUACUGUCGUGAGAACACGAUGUGUGUCAACACCCCGGGUUCCUUCAUGUGCAUCUGCAAAACUGGAUACAUCAGAAUUGAUGAUUAUUCAUGCACAGAACAUGAUGAAUGUGUCACAAAUCAACACAACUGUGAUGAAAACGCUUUAUGCUUCAAUACUGUUGGAGGACACAACUGCGUCUGCAAGCCAGGCUAUACCGGGAAUGGAACUACAUGCAAAGCAUUUUGCCAAGAUGGUUGUAGAAACGGAGGAGCUUGUAUUGCCGCCGACGUGUGUGCCUGCCCACAAGGCUUCACCGGGCACAGCUGUGAAACAGACAUUGAUGAGUGUUCUGAUGGCUUUGUUCAGUGUGACAGCCGUGCUAACUGCAUCAACCUGCCUGGGUGGUACCACUGUGAGUGCAGAGACGGCUACCAUGACAAUGGGAUGUUUUCACCAAGUGGAGAGUCAUGUGAAGAUAUUGACGAGUGUGGGACUGGGAGGCACAGCUGUGCCAAUGACACCAUUUGCUUUAACUUGGAUGGUGGAUAUGAUUGCCGAUGUCCUCACGGAAAGAAUUGCACAGGGGAUUGCAUCCAUGAUGGAAAAAUUAAGCACAAUGGUCAGAUUUGGGUGCUGGAAAAUGACCGGUGUUCCGUGUGUUCAUGUCAGAAUGGCUUUGUCAUGUGUCGACGGAUGGUCUGUGACUGUGAGAAUCCCACAGUUGAUCUUUUCUGCUGCCCUGAGUGUGACCCAAGGUUGAGCAGUCAGUGCCUCCAUCAAAACGGGGAAACCUUGUACAAUAGUGGCGACACCUGGGUUCAGAAUUGCCAGCAGUGCCGCUGCCUGCAAGGGGAAGUUGACUGUUGGCCCCUGCCUUGCCCAGAGGUGGAGUGUGAAUUCAGUGUCCUCCCCGAGAAUGAGUGCUGCCCACGCUGUGUCACCGACCCUUGCCAGGCCGACACCAUCCGCAAUGACAUCACCAAAACUUGCCUGGACGAGAUGAAUGUGGUCCGCUUCACUGGGUCCUCUUGGAUCAAACAUGGCACUGAGUGUACUCUCUGCCAAUGCAAGAAUGGCCACAUCUGUUGCUCAGUGGAUCCACAGUGCCUUCAGGAACUGUGA